AUGGAAUGGCACACUGUGCGCACAAUGGCGCAAGAUUGGCAGAGGGAAAUAGAACAGAAGUGGCCGAAGUACUAUAGUGAGAUGCAAGGUAUUUCGGAUGGCGCUCAAUUGCCGUUCAUCGAUAUUUUGAUUCUCAAUAUCCGUACCGAAAUCGCCUUCGGGAUGUUCAGCGACGGGUGUACAAGCGUGUAUUGCAAAACCGAUGGACACUCCUUCUUGGCUCAGAAUUGGGAUUGGAUGGAGGAACAAAAGCAGAAUCUUCUCAUCUUGGAUAUCAUCAGCGACAGUGGACCUCGAAUCAAGAUGAUCACCGAAGCAGGUAUCAUCGGUAAGAUAGGAUUGAAUGAGCUUGGUGUCGGUGUCUGUCUGAAUGCACUCAAAGUUCUAGGGUGCGACUCUUCACGUCUUCCGGUGCAUCUAGCUCUUCGAUCGGUAUUGGAAAGCUCAUCGGCCGAUGCUGCUGUUCGGCAGCUAGAAGAGGUCGGAAUAGCUGCGUCAGCGCAUAUCCUGAUCGCUGACAAAGGGAAAGGCAUCGGACUGGAAUCAACAGCCAAAACAAUGCAGUGCAUUGAUAUGAACGAGCGGAAUUGGAUUUUUCACGCAAAUCACUUGCUGUUGGCGCACGACGGCGUUGCGGAUUCUGGCUGGUUGGCUGAUUCGCCUUUCCGACAGGAGCGAAUCCAGCAAUUGUCUUUGGAAUAUGGUUCGUCUACGGGUCGAGUACCGGAGGCGAUUGAUAUCGCACACAUGUUGGAUGACCAUGAUGGAUUUCCGUGUUCGAUUUGUCGUUUCAAGAAAGGUCCUCUGGGGAUGGAUGCUACAUUGUUUAGCAUUGUCAUGGACCUCCAAGGCGCCACAGCAACUGUGUACCUCGGAAGACCCUGUCAAGCUGAAGAGAUAAUAGAAUUGGAUUUUAAAUGA